GAUCAAAAGGAACAAAGGUUACAAGUUUACAGAUUUCCAGUGGUUAAGUGGUGAACCAUUAACAUAUACAGCCUGGUAUAAGAAAUUGUCAACGAGUAUCUCUCAACCAGAUGGGUUCGACGACGAACAGUGUACGGCAAUCAUACUUGACAGUAUUCAUAAUAAACAGAACUGGCAUGAUGUUCCUUGUGCUUAUGACAAAAUACAUUAUUUUAUGUGUGAGACACAAUUUGAUCCUAUUCAGAAUCAAGAGAACGAUGACGGAAUAAGAGUAAUGAGCAAUUCAGGAUCAUCAUUUGCCAAUCGUUCUAUGUUCAAAUGUGGAAAUGGAGAAGUUAUAUCACAGUUGGCAGUUUGUGAUUCAUAUCAUGAUUGUUUUGAUAGUUCUGAUGAGAAAUAUUGCGGAUCAGAUUGUUUAAAUUCACAGUUCCAAUGUGCAGAUGGUUCGUGUGUACAUUUAACCUUCUACUGUGACCACAUAAAACACUGCAAAGAUGGAUCAGACGAACAUCACUGUCAAUGGAAAUAUUGUGUAGACGGAGAAUGGCAGUGUGACAACAAACAGUGUAUUCCUUUAGCGCAACGCUGUGACGUCACAAUGAAUUGUAUUGAUGGAACAGAUGAGAACAAUUGUGAGACUUGUAGUUUAAACAGUUUUCAAUGUUAUAACAAAUCAUGUAUCAGUCAACAUCGUGUAUGUGAUACCAUAACUGACUGCCCUGGAAGAUACUUAGAGGACGAGCAUGGUUGCCCAAAAAGUGUCACACAGACAUCGUGUGAACAGUGGUGGGUCAUCGGAGCAAGAUCAAAUGGGAUGUAUUUUGUAGAUCAAGGAACAGAUGAUGAAUAUUUGGUAUAUUGCGAAUUUAACGAAGGAAUUAAUACAGUACUGGUUUCGACAUCCUUUCAUUAUGAUUUUGUCGGCAAAGCUAAAAGCCAAAUUGGUCCCAUUAAAACAGAAUCAUAUAUAUUUGAAUUUCCUGUGGACAUGAUAAAGGAUGCUAUGCGUAAUAACGAUCAGGGGUGUUCACAAAAUGUUAAACUAACAUGCUACUACCAAGAUGCCUUACAAUCGGAUGCAGAUACUGUUGUCGAGUCAUGUCAUGAUGAUUGCCAUUGUAUUGGAGGUUUUGACUGGAAACAAGCAGAAAUCAAUAAAGUGUUUACAGAUGAUAUAGAAAUAUCAAAUCACGACAGACUUCCGUUCAAUGGAUAUCUUAUUCAAGAGAUUUCUGACAGUGACGAGGGAUUUUCUGAGGUGACAGUUGGGCCUGUUGUUUGUAAAUCAGAAAUUUCUAAAAAUGUUUCCCGUAGCCAGUCCCUGUGCUCUGAUGGAAAGUUGUAUAACUAUGCAGACCACUGUGUAAUGCGUGUAAAUGAAAGGAGCGAUGUAAAUGGUUGUAGAGAUAUGACUCAUCUUCAGCACUGUGAAACAGAGAUUUGCCAGCCAGGUUUCUAUAAAUGCAAAGAGGGUCAUUGCAUUUCAUCCAGAUUACUUUGUGACGGGAAAAAACAUUGCAUGCACGGAGAUGACGAAUUGUUUUGUGCUAAUUUAACUUGUCGCGGAUUAUAUAGAUGCCAACAGUCAACGACAUGUUUGUUAUUUAAUGAAACUUGUGACAAUAUUAAACAAUGUCCUCAGGGGGAUGAUGAAGUCGGAUGUGAUGUCACUUGUCCUUCUGGUUGUUCGUGUGAAGGGUUUGUAUUUAUAUGCCACCAAAAAGAAGUAGAAAAUGUUUUUGGAGAUCUGUCCAUUGAAGCAAGAAAGUUGGAUUUAAGCAGCUCAGAAUUUCCCAACAAUAGUUUGGUUCUUCCUGCAUAUACGUACCUUGCUAAACUUAUACUGUUUAACUGCAGCAUAGAAAAUAUUAUGCCAUACUCAUUUGAGAAAUUGAUGAACGUCCUUCAUUUAGAUUUGAGUAACAACAAAUUAAAGGUUCUGCAAAGUUACACGUUUUAUGGUCUCACCAAACUGGUAAGCUUAAACUUAAAAGGCAAUCUGAUGUUGGGUUUAAUCAAAUCAAAUGCAUUCAUGUCAUUACCUAAUGUCAAAGAUUUGGAACUGUCUGGAACUAGAAUACAAACACUUUUCAAUGGGACAUUUAAUGGUUUAGAAAACCUUGAAAAGUUUAACAUAACAGGGAAUGGACUAACAACUGUAGAGGAACACGUAUUUGAUGGACUUGUGUCUCUUCUAACAAUUGAUUUGACACAAAACGAUGUGACUGUAUUUUCGCCUAAUAUAUUUUCUCGCCUUUUUCAUUUGACAAAAAUGAAGACUGAUUCUUAUAUAUUUUGUUGUUUAAAACCAGAAUCUGUUUCCGCAGAGAACUGUUUCCCUAAAAUGGACGAAUUUUCCUCGUGUAGCGAUUUGAUGAGAAAUGAUGUAUUACGUGUGUUUCUUUGGAUUAUUGCUAUAAAUGCUUUACUUGGAAAUAUUGGAGUUAUACUUUAUCGUAUAAUUUACGAAAAAGCAUUGCUUUUUAAGGCAAAUGGGCUAUUCAUCAUGAAUCUUGGUGUUUCAGACAUGUUGAUGGGUGUGUACCUCGGGAUAAUUGCUGUUGCGGAUAUGUUCUUCUCGGGAAACUAUAUUUUACAUGACAGAGAAUGGCGAGAUAGUACUGUUUGUAAAUUUGCAGGUAUCCUUGCGGCCGUAUCAUGUGUAGCAUCCGUUAAUUUCAUUAUGUUAACAACUCUAGAUUGCUUUUUAAUGGUUAAGUUCCCAUUUGGCAGAAUGAGAAUGACAUACAAAACAGCAAAGAUUUUGACAUUUUUAUGCUGGGUAUUUGUAGUCAUUAUAGCUGUGGUUCCGAUUUAUUACACGUCAUAUUUUUCGAAUAUGUUUUAUUCAAGAACAGCAGUUUGUUUGGCUCCUCCAUUUUCUCGAAAGAAAGUCAGCGGAUGGGAAUAUUCAACAGCUAUUUUCGUGUUUUACAACAGUAUUGCGUUUAUCGUAAUAGCUUGGUGCCAAUUGUCAAUUUAUAAUGUAGCUAAAAGCAGCAAUAGAAUAAUGGCAAAGAGGACAAAACAAGACCUAACUCUGGCUAGACGAUUAUUUCUAGUUGUUUUGACAGACUUUCUUUGCUGGUUUCCUGUUGGAAUAAUGGGUAUACUAGCAAUGACUGGUCAAGUAUUUCCAUCAGAAAUCUAUUCUUGGGUAGCUGUAUUCGUGAUGCCGUUAAAUGCGGCAUUGAACCCUUUCCUUUACACGUUUUCCACGUUAAAACAGAAACCUAGUAUUUUAGGAAGGAUGUUUGGCAAAAUUUUCCAAGUGUCAAAAGUUCAAGACCGACUUAAAGAUACAUCAGAUGAAAUGUUUAUGGCUUCUGCAUUUAUCAACAACUCACAGAUGUUGAAGAUGAAGCACAUAACUCUGCGUGAACUAUUUGCUUCGAGGAAUCUUACCAUUAAGGAGAGUAUUCGCUUGGUGUCACAACUUACAGCCGCGGUAGCAUAUUUGCAUCAUCAUUAUUUAACUGUAUGCCAACCACUUUCAUUAGACACUUUAGCUGUCUUUAUGAACAGACAGACUAUCAUACGGAUAAAGGUGAUUUCUGAAAUAAAAGAUAUAAGAAAUGAACUGGAUACGGCCAAGGAUGUAGACAACAUCGGACAGAUAACUAAACUGGUACUACGGAAUACAAGAAAACUGCAAGAGGAUGAUAAUAUGGUUUAGCAAUUAAUGAACAGAUUACAAAUUCUAUAUUAAAAGCUUAAGUAAGCAUGUACAUGUGUGUUUACCUUUAUUUUUCUAUAGAUACUAAUAAAUAACGUUGACAACAA